AAAUUAUUAAGCUUUUUGAUAAAUUAUACAUAGAAAUUUCUAAAUUGAUACAGAGUGAUAUUCUUAAUUCAUUAGGUCAUAAAAAUCCAGUAGAGGCCAUCAGGCCCAUCAGCAUGAACAGCUUUCAUUCCACCUGCAGUUUAGCUACUCUUAAGAAUUUAUCCCCCGUGGAGUCCACCAGGCCUGGACAUCUCUUCUUCUAAGACCAGAAUUGGCAACGUCUUUUUUUUUUUUAACCUGUUCAUUAGGUAUCCAUCACACAUCUAGGCCAUCUGAAAGAAACAAAAACAGAGAACAAUCAACCAACCAAAAACAGUUACAUGCAGGGAAAGUAUCCAUCUAACAUGUCUAUUGAGCACUUACGAUACACUGCCUUCUGGUGUUAUGUGCAUUGACUCGUUUACUUUUCACGGGUAGGAAUUAUUAUGCCUACUCUACUGGAGGAGACAAUUAAGCAAUUUGAGGUUCUACAGAAACUGGGAAAGUGGAGAUUUGAACUUGGGUGUCUCUGACUUUGAAGCUUGUAAGGUUAACUGAUAGACUUUACAGUUAGUCUCUCUUUUGGUGUUGACCGGGGUCAUGACUUACAUUGAUUCAGUUCACCUUUGUGUGUGACUGUGAACUGUUUGUAGCCAGUUCUGUUCUGAUUGGUUUAGGUCUGUGCCGUGUCCAUUAAAUACUGUGAAUGUUACCUGCGGUCAGGGAAAGUUGUGCUGCUGCAGGAAGGCAGAUAUGCCUUAUUUGGGAGCUAUUGAUGGUACAUACAUGGAAAAAUGAAGGCAAGGACAGAGAAGUGGAGGGAGGAGGUAGCGAAAGAGGAUAGAGAAGCAGCAGCAGAAGUGAGUAGAGAGAAGGGAUAUGGAGUGGAGGGAGACGUGAGGAGCAUCAUUUGCUCCAGGAGGCUAAUCUCUUACUGGCUGUCCUCUCAGAAAGCAUGUAUAGCACGUAGUGUAUAGCUGUGUAGUUUUCUCAGAAAGCUGUACCAAGAUCCUGAGCUAUAAAGAUGCUUCUAAGCUUUCCUCGGAAAAUGUUGAGAAGGAAAAAUUUGAACCACUUGGUUCCUAAGCUUGCAGAGAACAGUCUUUUUAGGAUUAUUUUACAUUGAUCACGGCAGUGUCUGUCACAUGCUGAUUUCUCCCUUCCCUCUGGGUCUCAGCUGUCUUCCUAAUAGGCAGCUGCCCAGAGUGGAGUGUGGCAUUGUUAACUAUGAGGGGCGACUGGUCUGUCAGCUUGGCUGGCAGGAACCUGGACGCUGGAAGCGCCUGACAGCAACCCCAUUUGCAUGGUGUGCAGAGAGCACAUGAAUCCUCUUUCAUUAAGCGUUACCCCCAAACACCAGCAGCGCUGACAAACAGCCAGAGAUCCUCAAAUAACUUCCUUUAGGUCUCAUCCUUCAUGAGGACAGCAUCAGGGGGUGGUCAUUUCCAAAUUUUUUUGUUCUUUAUAUUAACCUUUGAAACUAUUUUUCCAAGUAAGAUUUCUUCCGUAGGGCCGCAAUAGAGGAUACAGACCAAAGAGAAGAUACUCUGGCUAAAGAAUGGGGUGGAAAGCCCAAAUCCUAGCCACUUCAGAGAGUGUCUCCAUGGAAUCCUCAGGUUCCUAGGAACACGGUUUGAAAACUACUGUUCAUGGCAGAAGGCAGGUUUUCAGUGGUGUGGGAUUUAUCAUCUAGGUUUUUCCUUGCUUUCACUGAGCGACUCCUGGAGUUUGCUUCCCAGGUUUCUUUCUCAAGUGGCUUUCAGAGGAACAGGCAAAAGGUUAAGAAUAGCAUCAAAAAUUAAACCAAGCCCUACUGCAAGCCAGUUGUAAAAACUGUUCCAAAUGGCUUUGGGGAAGAGAAUGUGACACUGUGUAAUGACUUCUUGGAAAAUUUGUUACUUUUUCCCCUUUCUCUGUCUCCUUUCUUACUUCUCUCGCUCUUCUUCCCCCACCCGUUCCUGAUUUGAUGAAACCGUUUGUGAUGUCCGGCAUAUAUUUUGCUGCACACGGUGUCUUGUUGUACUUUAGCAAUUUAUAACUAUGAUCAAUGUUGUGACCUUAGGGAAAUUGCUUAUAUAAUUAUAGAAGGUUUACAGUUGUAAGACAAGGAAUGGGGAAAAUAUAUCACUGUAAAAUAUAAAUAUGUUUAAAUUACAUUUAGGAUUUGGAAGAGUUCCUUGCUUGUGUUUUACAGAGUAAUCUGUGAUUUAAAUCAGGUUUAGUUGUGUUUUUUCCCCCCUAAAUUGGGUAUUAUAAAUCAAGAGUAGAUGCUGGAUAUAGCACACAAGAGGAUUUCUUAUACAUUUUAAUGUUGCAUAAGUAAGAAAUACCAGUAGUUCAGCAGUAAAAUUGCAAAUGUAAGCAAAAGUGAAGAUUUUUCCAAAUUUAACUAGGUUGCAUUUGUUUAGUAAACUCCAGCAAUAAUUUACAGUUUUAUUACGUUUGCCUUUGAGAUCUAGGCUGACUUUUUUGUUCCCUUUCUUAAGAAAGAAAAGGGAGGUACAUUACUAUAAUUGCUCAGAGCUAGAGAAAACCAUGAGAGUACCAUUUUGCUCUCCCCACCUGUGAUACAUAAACUUAAAAAUUCAGGGAAGAUAGGAUUCUUCUUCAGGUUAAAUGUAUUUGUGGGUUUAUCAGUCACCCAAACAAGGCAUUUUUUUGGCUGGGUCAGACUUUCCAUUUGUGCUGUCUGUGGUAAGGCUAAGUAUUUUUGUGCAAAAAGUGGUAGAAUGUGUUAGGCCUGGUUUUGCAAGUGCAAAUAGAAGCAUGUCUGCUGGUAAUGGUGGAGUUGAGGGAAGGGGAGCUGAAACAGUUUGCCUGUAAAUGGGGACAUGUCUUUCUUCAGAUUCUUUUGGGGUCACUGGAAGACAGGUAGGCUUCAUUCAAGAUCAGUCUCUAUGAUGGGAAAUGGGUGAAUUUCAGCACACACAGACACGUUGAGUGCUCCAGAACCAGUGUUGGCACUGUGAGAAGUUGGGCAGAGGGAAGGUCUCUCAUUCAGCCACACGGCUUGGCAUGCUGUGCUCCCGAAGCAGCUGACUGUCUCCCACCAGCCCCCUCCCACCCUGUGCUUCAGAUGGUUAACAGGGACCCCGGCUUGGUUUAACUGAGGUUUGAGAGAAGUGAACUCUGGGAUUGGGUUGGAUGAUGUUGAUUAAUAGGAGUGAGUGGGUGAGAGACUCCAGGGCCAAGCAGUAGGUCCAUCUUGGUGGCAUCUGAUGUUGAUUGGCUUUGUCCUGCGCGGCUGCGCUCGGAGAGCGGACAUUAAGAUUAAGUGAUGCUGUCGUGUUGAGGAGCACGGCACUGCAUCAUUCUGGGAAGAGACAGCUGGGGUGGUUAAUCCUUCAUCACCAAGGGAGCACUGCCAGCAGAAAGAUAUACAGCCAAAGAUAACCCUCCAUAACUUGUGCUAAAGAUCAGAAAACUUUGAAUUCACAUCCAUCUGCUUAGUCUGGGGUGAAGAUGAAAGAUAGGCAGAAUAGGAAAUAAAAAACUCCUGAGGGAUUAAUCUUAGGCACGGUAUGUAGCCCACAGAGUGAGCAGGCAGGAGAGAAACUUUUACAUGGCGUUUAAAGGGAAUUAAAUGCACCUGGUUUCAUAGCAGCAUCUUAAAGUCAAAUUAAAUGGUACACACUCUGAUUUUUUUGUCGCACUGCCAUCAUUUUUAUCCCAAGAUGCUGUUUCCGCCCAUUAGGCAGGUAGAUGUUUUUCUUUCAAAGGGGAGGUACUCUUAAUUCUUCACUUAUGGACAAUGAACAGCACAUGCACAUAGGAAAGCUGGAAAUACUAAUCAGCAGACAGAGGAGCUUUUUGUUUUCUCCCCUCCCUUUGUGAUUUUAGCAGGAUAUUCACAAAGUCUGACUGUGAGUCUGUGUUCUGUGUAUCUGUGUCUGAGUUUAGAUCUGAAAUUCUCUUGCUGUGAAUAUUUCUGAACAGCUGCAAUGAUUUUAUGUAUCAUGUGUAAUCGAAUUAUGCAUUGUUGCCAUACCAAAGUGAUGUGCAGGGGGGGAAAUAAAUCAGGAAGGGAAAUAAAUUAGAGGCCCUGCUCCCAUCUGCAGCCUCUGCGUUCCCACAGCGGUCAGGCUGGGGAGUGUCUGAUGCAAGGUGAAAAUGCUGGAGAGAAUGCAGCUAUAGGCUCUGUCCUCAGCUGACUUUCUGUGUUGAGUUCAAAGGGAAGCUUUUUAUUUUUUAAAACACUUUUCAAGUGAUAUUUUAUGUCUUUUUUUCCCCCAUGCCAGUUUGGUAUUUGAGAGUCUGAAUGGGGUUUCUCAGUUGGGGCCUGGGCCACUUGCAUUGAUGUGCGGAGGUGGAAGAUUCUUCUGCCGGCUUCCGAAACACUUGGGCUUUACUGCACUCCACCCAUGAUGGCAGGGCCCCAGUGAAGAGGAUGACAGCAGUAGAAUACAUCACUGUUAAGAUACACAAGGAAGUAGAGGUGGAAAAACGCUUUAUGGAGAGUCAGAGACCUGGGUUUAAGUUCCUGCCAAGCUCUGUGAACUUGAGCUCUGUGUCAUUUUAUCUCUCUGAGUGUGUUACAAAUGAGAAAACUAAGAUUGAAAGAGAUGAAGUGACUUGCUUAAGGGAGGAGAAAGGUCCAGUGCACCCUUGGGAGGUUAAAAAGAGAAUAAUGGAUGAAGUUCUGUAUUUUUGGUUAGAUGAUGGGAGGAGGAGCCAUCAGUCCUCCUCUGCUCCACUGCGAAAGGCUUCCGCUCUCUUCACAGAAGGUGUAUCUGUGUGGUGAUACACAGAUACACACAGGAUGGUCUUGAUUUUGAAAAUUCAAAUAAUAUAUUACUAUGUAUAUAUGUUAAUAUAUGUACAGAUUAAAGUUUAUAGUUUUGGUUUUUAUUUCCAGUAAAGAUAGUUCAUUAAAUAAAUGGCUAAAUGUGAUUUAAUUAUUAUUAUUAUUUUUAAAGACAAGGUCUCACUCUGUCACUCAGGAUGGAGUGCAGUGGUGCAGUCAUGACUCAGUGCAGCCUUGACCUCCGGGGUUUGGGCUGAAUUUUUUUUUUUUAAAUUUUCGUAUUUUUUUGUGAAGACGGGGUUUUGCCAUGUUGUCCAGGCUCCUCUCAAACUCCUGGGCUCAAGCUCUCCUUCUGCCUUGGCCUUCCAAAGUGCUCAGAUUAUAGGUGUGAGCCACUCUGUCUUGCUGUGGUUUAAUUUUUAUGCCUUUGUAAGAUUUCAUUUAGAUAAAUCUACCAAAAAGAUAAAUGUCCAACUUAGGAGGCUGAGGUGGGAGAAUUACUUAACCCAGGAAUUUGAGUCCAGCCUGGGAAACAUAAACAUAGCAAGACCCCUGUCUCUUGAAAAAGAAGAAAGGUAAAUGUUCUUCGUUAGACCAUGAAGUUUAAAUUUGGAUCUGGAAAUAGGUUAUGAUAAAUGUGCAGAGAACGUGUAUUGUACUCAUAACUCCUCACAUACCAAACAUGGGGUGGAUGAUAUUCUCAAUCACUAAGAAUCAGCUCAACCAAGGAUCUCUUCCCUUCAGAGACUAUUAUGUUGGGUUCUCUUGGCUGAGAAGGUGGUAAAGAAAGAGAUUCUUCACAGAUUCAUGAACAGGGUGGAUCUGAAAGUUUACCAUGGUAUGAGGGUCACAUGGAAGGAUAUGAAAAGAAGAAAAGGCUUAGCUGUAAGAUAUAGUGGUCUUCAUCUGUUUGAACCUCAGUCUCAAAUCCUAAGUCUGCUAAGCAUGGACAUUUCCCUGUUGGUUCCAUGCUGAGUAUCCAGAACUGAGUCCCUGACCCAAAUGUCAAGAGGACCAAGUUGAGAGAUUAUUGAUACUCUCCAAACUGGAAGUAAAGUGGAAUUUGUGGGAGAUGUGAUAUAGGGGCCUCCAUUUGUGGUAGUUAUUGAUUUUCCAGGGAAUAUUAUACUUGGGAACAAAUCAUCGCGCCAGUGAAUGUCAUGAUGGGUGGUGUAUAUUUUUUCUGUUUGGAUCCCCCAAAUAUCCAGCUUUUGUUGUUUCAGGUCACUUGUAGGGUUAGCCUUUGGCUGGUCUUUUGGGAGAUUUUGCCCGUCUCAAGGGCAGUGGAAACCUCUACUGGUUCCCUGUGCAGCAGAUGGAUUUUUGGCUAAAAUUGUCUUAGUUUUUGUCUUUUUUACUGGUAUAGCAAGUUGGGGUAUGAGGCACCAGUACACCUUGCUUUACCUGAAAGUCACACAGAAGGGCAGUAAAGGGAUAACAGCGCUAGGGUCAGCCGAUCCAGCCUCUGGUUCCCACAUGGCCUUUGCUCCCUCAGUCUUCCUAGUGGCCCCUUGGUCUUUUGCUGAAUUACUUCAAGAUAUAGGGAUUUGAAACAAGCAUUUCAUAUAUACAUGGAUUGUGUGGGUCAGGAAUUUGGACUGGGUACAGUGGAGUGGCUUGUCUCUGGUCCACAAGCAUGGACCUGGGCUAGAAGGACUCAAAGUUGAUGCUGAGGGCUGGGAUUAUCUGAAAUGCCUCUCCAUGGGCUUGGCUUCAUUACAGCAUGGCCACCUUAGCAUGGCAGGAGUUUUUAAAAUAUUUUAAUUUUUUUUUUAACAAUUUCUCUUAACACUUUUUUUUCUUUAACUUUGUUAAUACUGAUUUCAUUCAUUCAUAUACACAUCCUGAUUUCAAGAGAGUAGGUUAAUUGGUUCUAGUCAUUACUGUCCAUGCUAACUCUGGAAGAAACUGUGCAAUAAAUAACUAAGGGAUUGACAGUUGACUCUAAGUUCAUUUGUUGGCAGUAUGACAUUGGAAAAUGUAAUGCAACUUCUUUAAAUCUCAGUUCCUCCUUUGUAAAGUGGUGAUACUCCUUAGUAGAUGAUCAGUAAGUCCUCUUCCAGGCUCCAAGCACACUUGUUCCAGAGAAUGAGAUGGAAGCUGCAUCCGUUUAUGGCCCAGCCUCAGCAGUCACCUGAUGUAAGUUCCUUGCACUCUCUUGGUGACAGUAAAGCAAGCCUGCCUAGUUUCAAGGGGAGGACCUAGUCUACCUUUAGAUAAGGAAAUGGCAGGGUCACACUCUGGAAGGGCAUAUUUCUGUGAGAUGUGUGAUACCCAUCUUUGGAACAUAUGCCGUAUUAGAUUUCUGUUCUGUGAAAUGAAGAAAAAUGAGUUGGGGCUGGAGUUAAUUGGUAAGAUCUCUUCCAACAUAAAAAUGAUGUAAUUCUUUAAAAUGAAAAUCCAAUUUUUUUAAAAAAAUAAUUUACAAAAUGAUGAUAUGCUUUUUUAGAGAAUCUUCUUUAGGAUAUCUUUAAAUAGAGAGGUACCCUGGUACAGUAAGAAAAAAACUCUUAUGCAACGUGAAAGACACUGAUAUGAGUGAUGUGAGCCCUUUUUUUCCCCUUGUUUCAGCAGAGUUUUCUGUCGAAGUGAUUUCUUUUUAGUGCAGCUUUAUUUCUUGUGAUUUAAAAAUAAUUAGGUGGUGUGUGCAUAUCUCAUCAUGAUUACCCUGAAUGUUAAUUUGGACAUGAGUUAAAUGUCCGACACGUGGGAUUCAGGAGAAGAAUGUAAGUUGGCAAUCUGGGAGGUGAUUGGAGUUUGAAAUAGGACUCAGAAACGCUUGUGGCUUACCCUCUUAUCCGGAGACAGGGAUUAAGAGAGAAUGGAUGGUGACCCUUCUGGAGAAAGCUUUUUCCUUGCUGGAGAGAGGGGUGAAUCAUCACCUUUGACAGUGACACAGUUCUGAUACCAGAUACGAGCUUUGAAGGAGGAUGACUGUUGGGCAGCUGCCCUCAGGAAGGCAUCACAAUUAAGGAGGGAAGGGGUUGAUGCACUGACUAAUGUUUUAGUUUACAGGCACUGGCCCUUCUCUUUGUUCUGUUUUAUCAUACACAUUUAUCACGUUCAACCUGGCAACCCAACCAAAUAGCUAUUUAAGUUGUAAAAAUGAAUCAUAGCACAAUUUCAUGAACUGUGUGAUAUAACUGAAUCUAAUCACAUUAUACAAUGGGGUCUUUGCCAGCAUGGUGUACAUGGUUCUGGGCUUCCUCAAAAUAAGUAAAUAAAUAAACAGGCUUCAUUAAAUACAGUCACUGCGGGGUGGCUGAGCUGGCUGAGUUGUGGGUCCAGGGAAGGAUGCAGGCAGAUGUGUCACACUGGACCCUUAUGCUUUUGUGAGCUAGCUCAUCCCUGAAAAGCCUGCAGAUCACAUGGGCCCUCUUCUGUCCUCUGCAUGCCACCGACUGAUUCUCUAUUUUAUUCAGCAUGUAGCUAGAUGUAACCUCAUGAACGAGAACUGCAAAGGAGGGCACUACUUCACUUCAAUUCCAGAGUUCCAGGGCUUGCCUACUUUGUCCUAAUUGAAAAGGUGAAUAAACACAGUCUCUACCUCAAGGCCCGCUCUUAGGAGUGGUGUCUACUCAUGUGUUCAGCCUCUUUCUAGGUGCUUUCUAUACUCCCCUGCCCCCCGCUUUUUUUGCUUUUUUUUUUUUUGCUCAGGGUCACUAUCUCCCAGGCUAGAGUACAAUGGCAUGAUCUCAGCCCAAACCUGUUGGGCUCAAACGAUUCUCCUGCCUCAGCCUCCUGAGUAGCUGGGACUACAUGUGUGCACCACCAUGCCCAGCUAAUUUUUGUAUCUUUAAUGGAGAAGGGGUUUUGCCAUGUUGGCCAGGCUGGUCUUGGACUCUUGAGCUCAGGUCAUCUACCUCGGUCUCCCACGUGCUGGAGUUACAGGUGUGAGCCACUAUGCCCAGCAACUUAUUGUACUCUCAAAGAUAAAUUGUGAACUGUAAGUGAUAUUAUCUCCAUUGUGAUAGAUGAGGAAAUGGAAGCUCAGAGAGGUCCAAUAACUGACUCAAAAUCACUCAGCUAAUAAAUGUCAGGACAGAGAUUUGAACUACCUUGUGGGUGGUGGAAGAGGUCAGAGAGGAGAGUGGAUUGGUGGGGGGUGGGAAUAAUGGACUGUGAAUGUUGGAGCUGGAACAUGGCCUGUUGGUGGAGGGGCCAAGUGCUGUACUGCAGUUAGACUUGAUGCUGUGGGUUGGGGGAAUGCAUGCACUGGGAGGGUGAUAGUAGCAGUAUGUGUAACAGAGUCCUGGCGGUGGAAACUUGACUCAAGGGGUGGAAGGAGGCAGGAGAGGCCUGCAUGGAACUUGGUAUCUUCUGGCAGGAGGGUAAGAAAGGCUUGAGCUGAAGCACUGGCUGGUGGAGUAGAGAGAUGAGGUCAGCCUGGAGGAAUAUUCCUAGGGUAGAAUCAACCAUUUAAAAGAGAGGCUCCACUUGCCUUCCUUCCCAAUACUGACAGCCACUUGCAUUUAUUCCUUCCCUUUUCAUUCUUCCCUGUGUCCUGCCUUUUUCUAUUCAUCACUUUCCCCUUUCCUUUGUUUCUUUCUUUAUCUUUGUCUCCAUUUCAUUCUUUUCCUUAUUCCCUGUCUUGCUUUUCUUCUCGCUCAUUUCCUGCCCUGAUAUUUUUCUUACUCCAUCUCUACUCCUAAACAUUUUGUGGUCCGCCCCCACCUCCAUCCUCAUCCCCAUUCCUGCUUGGGGCUCCUCUCCCUCUUCCACAUUCUUUUCCUAUGGAAUGAAUGAAUGAAUAAAUAAAUAAAUAAAAUUUAAAAUCUGUUUUUCUGUUGGUUGUGUCAGCAUGUUUUAGACUGCUGGGCUUUGCAUGUUUUGCAGCUGGUUUUGAAGCAGUUGUCAGACGGUGAUGGAUGACUAUCAUCAUUUAAAGUGUAAAAGAAAAUGCCUUGGCACAGAGAGACAUGAUCAACUGCCGUCUGCCAGCCUGGGUAGGCGCGGCCACCAUUUUCUUCUCCCUUCUUCCGCCUCCCUCUCUGCUCACACUGCCCUUGCCAGAAUCUACAAAAGUCAUCGUGAGCUGUGCAGCACCGGGCUCUUGCCUUCUAUAAUAUCACUUUGGUAGUUGUCAGAUCAUAUGAAACGUCAAAAUUCAUGUGGCCUCUGCGAAGAGAUAUAUUUAGUACAGCUGCUGCAUACCUACACGCUACCUCUGACACUGACAUAUUAGUUAUGCUGUCUUUUGCAAUCUGAUAUCUUUAAAUUUGCCACCUUGUUAAGUUUUGAUUAAUGUGAUUCCAUUUCACUAAAGUAAUUGGCUUGGCCUGUUGUAAAAAAUAAUCAGCCCCCUCUACGGAACAAAUGCUAGAACAUGCUAAUGAGGGAGUGAGUUCGUUACAUUGAUGGCGUGGACUGACAGUUAUUAAUGAUUGUUAUGAUAAACAGACGACUGCGAAUUGGGAUGAGUUGGGCAAAAGUGACAGUUUAAAAAUAACGUAUAUUGGAAGGUACUAACGAAGUAAUAUACUGUUAGGAAAACAAUCAUGCAAGUUGUCAAGGAAAGAAGUGUAAUUAUACAGCCGCAUGGGCUGCUUAGGAGGACAGGGACCUGCCUGAUAAUGGACACAUUUUUUGUUGGCAAGAGGGAAAUAUGUUAUGGCAGAAAGAGGUGCAGAUUGAUAAAUUAAUUGGUCCUUCUCACAGCUCGGAGAGCAAACUUGGCCGGCAGUCACCAUGCAGAUUAGGGAGAUGGAGCUUGCCCAACGCUGCUUUUCCCUAGGACCUCCCCAGUCCUUGCUGCCAGACUUUCCUGAGGCCUCACUUGCCUCCUCUCCUACCCGCCUUCACCAGCUGCAACAAGUCGUAGGGAGUGCUUCCCAAGGCAGUGUGUACAAAGGGCAGCUUUGAGCUGGAAUGCUUGCAGCCAUGUCCAAUUUUUUUUUAAACCCUGAAGACUUAAAUGCUCUAUUGUUACUAAAAUCUUUGGCUGUGAUGGAGGUAAUUAUGGGUGGUUUCCAGCUCCAUGAAGGAGAGACUUACACAGACUGGGGACCAUGCAGAGGGAGAUGCCAACUCUGCUUCUAAUACCAGCACAUUGCUGUUGGCAGUUUGUAUAAUUAGCCAAGACAGAGUAACGGUAGUGGCAGCAGUGGUGCGCGUAUGUAGCGGAGAAAGGGAGGCAUACUCUUGAAGAAAGAGGUAAAUGAACAGAGUGGGUCAUGUACAUAAGAGCUUUUUGUGACCCCUGUAUGAGCAUGGCUUCUGGAUUUGUGUCUUGGUCAAGACUCUUAAUUGCGUUAAACUAGUAACUAACUUGAGAUAGCUUAAGCAUACAUAGAGGACUUACAAAGGUACUGACGCAUCUCAUGGAACUGAAGAUCAAAGAUAUAGCUGGCCUUCUUGGGGACUGGGAAUUGGACUUGGAGAGAGGACCCAAGGUAGCUGGCCUCUAGGUCUCUUUUGUCUCUCUCUGUCCCCACUUCUCUUCACUUCUGCUCUCUUUCGCCACCCCUCCCCACACCAAGCCAUGAGAGUCAGGAAAGUGAAGUUCCGGAGCUCACAGAUGUUGUUUGCUGGAAGAUAGGGUAUUGAAAGGAAUGGUUUCCACACUUGCCUCCAAAUGUUAGACUUCUCAGAAAGGGACUUCAGCUUCCCUUUGGGUGGCUCAGCUACGAUGGCUUAGGGAUAUAAUGGGGAACCUGCUGAUGUUCAGACUGUGAUACUUUGUUUUUCUCAUAACAGUUAUAUCAGGAUGUAUAUCAAGUAAUCUUCACAAUCACCCUGUUAGGCAGGGGCUGUUCUCUUUAUUUAACAGAUGAGGAUAACAAGGCUGAAUGUUUGAGAACUUGACCUAGAUCAUGGUGAGUGGCCGAGCUGGAGUUUUAAGCAAGGUUCUCUGUCUCUGAAACCUGGCGCUUCUCACUCUGCCAUACUGCCUUUUGCUAGCGUGCUGUGCCUCUCCCAACAACUCGGGCUCCCCAGUGGAGCAGAAUUAUCUGCUUGAGAAUCAAAGAAAAGCCAGGAAAAAUAUUUUUUCCUGUGUCCUAUUUGGACUCUCUAAGUAGAGACUGUGUAGGGGGAUUAUAGGAAAUUUAUUAUUUGUAUUCAGAUUUCGUGCUGCUCCACCUGUCUGCACAGGUCCAAAUAUGGACCACGUGGGCCUCAAUACUGGUCUGCUUGGGGAUGUGAGCAGAAUACAGUCUCAUUAUCUGGCCAUCAAGCCCCACAAAGACUCUGGAGCUUCUUCAUGCAAAACAUCUAGAGCAAUCCUGAAAUCAAAGGAAGCUGCCAAUUACCUCACAGCAAACCUGACAAUUAAGAAAAAAGGAAGUUUCACUUUUCUAAGUUGGAAACAGAAAGUAUUUGCUCUGGGGAAGGAGCAGGUAACUAAGGUUUAUUGAAUGCCUAACAUGCAUUAGGGAUGAUACCAGGACUCCCUGGUGCUCUGUCUCAUUUGGGUGGUGGGCAUAUUCCCAUUUUACAAAUGAAGAAACAGAUGUUCUGACUAGUUGAAAACUGGACCUUCCGGUAGAAUGGGCGAUAGAAUGAUUGUUUCUACUGUUACAUGGGCUGUGGUCCUUUGUAACCCAUUGUUUUAAACCACUUUAACCAUUUUAAAGCAUACAGUUCAGUGGCAUUAAGUACAUUCAUAUUAUGCAACCAUCAGCACCAACCAUCUUCAGAACUUUGUUCACUUUGUAAAGCUGAAAACACAUUCAACAGUAACUCCCCAUACCUCCCUCCCCUUAGCCCCUAGAGACCACAAUUCUACUUUCUGGCUCUCUGAAUUCGAUUAAGGACCACUAAGUACCUCAUAUGGGUGAAUUAUAUAGUAUUUGUCCUUUUGUGUCUGGCUUUUCUCACUUAGCCUAUGUACAAGGUUCAUCCAUAUUGUAGCAUGUGUCAGAAUUUUCUUCAUUUUUAAGGGUGAAUAAUAUUGCACUAUAUGUGUAUAUCACAUUUGGCUUAUCUAUCCUUCAGUGGACAGUUGGGUUACUCCCACCUUUUGGCUAUUAUGAAUAAUGCUUUCCUAAACAUGAGUGUACAGAUACUUCUUUAGCACUUUGGUCUUUGAAUAUAACACUUGUGUAUCUUUUCAUCUGCUGAUAGACAUUUGGAUUACUUCCAGUUUUUGGCUAUUACAAACAAUGCUACUAUAUGUAUGUACCGUGUUUUAUCUGUUCACCCAUCGGUGGUGACUUGGACUGCUUCUGUCUUUGGCUCCUGUGAAGAAUGCUGCUGUAAACAUCAGGGCACAAAUAUCUGUUCCUGUCUCUGCGUUUGGUUCUUUUGGGUUUAUACCUCAAAGGGGAAUUGCUGUAUCAUAUUAUAGUUAUAGUUCUAAUUUUUUGAGGAAUAGCCAUACUGUUUUUUAUAGCAGCUGCACACCUUUCCAACUUCUCUACAUCCUUGCCAGCACUUCUUUUUGUUUGGGUUUAUGUGGUCAUGACCAUCUCAAUGAAUAUGUGCAGCAUCUCAUGUGGCUUUUAUUUGCAUUUCCCUAAUGAUUAGUCAUAUUGAAUACCUUUACAUGUGCUUAUUGGCCAUAUGUGUAUGUUCUUUGGAGAACUGUCCAUUCAAAUCCUUUGCCUAUGUUUGAAUUGGGUCAUCUUUUGUUGAUGUUAUUGUUGAGCUUUGGGACUUCUCUCUGUAUUUGGAGUAUUAAUCCCUCAUCAGAUAUGUGAUUUGCAAACAUAUCUUCUCAUUCCAUAGGCGGCCUUUUUACUCUGUUGAUAGUGUCUUUUGAUGUGCAAGAUUUUAUUUUUGAUGAAGUCCAGUUUGUCUAUUUUUUUCUUUUGUUGCCUGUGCUUUUGGUGUCAUAUUCAAGAAAUCAUUGCCAAAUCCAGUGUUGUGAAGGUUUCCCCUAUGUUUUUGUCUAAAAGUUUUAUAGUUUUCAUUCUCAAAUGUUGAGUUAUUUGAUGCAUUUUGAGCUAAUUUUUGUAGAUAGUGUUAGAUAAGAGUCCAACUCAUUGUUUUUUGCAUGUGGAUGUCCAGUUUUCCCAGGACAAUUUACUGUAAAGACCAUUUUUCCACCAUUGAAUGGUCUUAGUACCCUUGUCAAAAAUCAUUUGACCCUCUAUGCAAGAGUUAUUUCUAGGUUCUCUAUUCUUUUAAUUACAAAAUUAUUUUUAUCUUCCCUGUUCUAUUAUUGGCUUUUUUUUCUAUUCUAAGGUUAAGAGAUAGCAGAAUUUAAACAUUUAGAGCCCUGGAUAGGAGUUGCGACCUAGAGUCUAGUCCUGGCUCUGACCCUGAAACAGGUCACACCACCAUUCUUUGCCUCUCUUCCCAACUUUUGAAAAGGAAAGUUGAGGCUACUGAUGAUUUUAAAGAUGACAGAGAAAACAGACUUGGAAUGGUCUUUCAAGUCUUUCAAAGGAAAGGGAUGGAGGGCCCUUUCCUAAUUGGAAGGCUCGGAUUUCUGGUGGGUGUGAGGACCACCAUCUUCUUGACCCUCAGACGACCCUUCUUCCUGUAGACCCAUGACUAAACUGGAGGUCAGCACUGGGUGAGGACGUGGUCAGAGAAUGAGCCCCCAUGGUGGGCAAACAGGGCCAGAGAGAACUCUCAUCAGCAUUAUAGAUUGUUGCCCAGCAUCAAAGGGCAGCCCACUCUCUCCUCAGGGCAGGGAAGCCUCUUUGUGUCUUUCACAUUGUUGUGAAAAGAGAAAAAAAACCACUUAGCCCAAAACAUUCUCUCCACCAUUUUCUACCUGAUCUUCUCUGUUUCUUUCUCUCCUGGCAUUCUUCUCUCUUAGCCCUGGAAAGGCCUGUGUCUUCCUUCUCUCUUGCCUUGUAUAUAUUUUCAUGAUGAGGUUUCUGUACUCUGUGUGCUAUUAUGCCACCAUGUUACUGUAUGGCAAGAGACAGGACAUAUUCCUAAGCACCAGUCAUGUAUACCUCACAUAACAGUGAGCUGUGAGGUAAAUCCACGAGCCGGGAAACCUGGGCUCAUGAAGAGAGCUGCUUCCACGCUCUAGGACGUGGGUAGAAAAUGUGAUUCUAAAGGGUUAUCUUUAAGGGUAUUGCUCAUCCCUGAAGACAGUGCACAUGGUCAUUAGCCCUUGGGUAUCCUCUCAUGUAGAGAUUUCUUUGCAUUUCAGUCUUCUUCGGGCUGCAGCUGGAAGUCAAUAGGAAGUCUUGUGUCUCUCACAACAAGCUCAUUUAUUCAUCCAUUCUCUGGACACUCAAGGAGAAAUAUUGGCUCCUUCCUCUUAGGAUCUGCGUCUAAGCCAAAUGACGUUGGCUUAGACAUACUAGGAGGAGAUUGUCAAGCUGUGUUAGAAGAUGGAACAUAGCUACCUUUAUCUUUCCAAGCUGUCUGUCAGUUGAGAACCAUGCUGCUGUUAACAGCACCUCCUGGUGGCCCAAAAGGAAGGCCUAAGGACGCAGCCAAUCUUGCUUAGCCUCUAUGGGAAGAGUCUUUGGUAGGCCUUGGUGACUGGGCACAUGGAGCUGUAUGAUGGUGGGUUUUUACAUUGCAUAGCAUUUUGAUGAAAGAUGUGGUAUAAGUCCCUAAAGCACCAAAGGGUACUGAUACACUUGACCCUUCUUCACUUCCAUCUGACAAUAUUGCUAUGAAAAUGCAAUCAAUUCAGUUUCUGACAUCUUCUCCACCCCACUCUCAAGAGCACCUACUGUAUCAACAUGACAUUUUAAAAUCUUGGCUUGUUUUCCAGGCCAUGAAUUUAAUUUCUCAUUGCUCCACCAUUUGGCUUUUAUGUUCUCAAAGCGAAAUGUUGUCCAACAAUAGUUACCACCAUCUUGUUAGUCAGGUCCUCUUUUUGGGCAUCCUAAAACCAGAUAAUUAAAAAAAAUUCACUGCAGCCAUGGGCACUCAGCCUUGUGCUAAUAGCCACCAAGUUCUGACAAAGCAAGUCCGACAUCCCUCGAUAAGUAAAAUCCAAACCUCCUGAUGUUGUGUAACGGUAAGCAGAUUGGCAUGUCUUUGGAUUAGUGGAGGCACUGAAGCAAAAUGCUCAAUCCUUAGUGACCUUUGGCAAAUGGAUGGGGAUGUGUAGCCAUUGUAGGUUAUCUUUAUGUUCACUAUGUAGAUACUCAGCCUCUGCCAGGCCAAGACAGAAGCUGUCAGGGCAGAUAAACUUAGUUGGGAACUAGCUGUUUUUCUGACUGCAUCACAGUGCUUUGUAGAACCAUUUUGUCUGAUAACCUGCUUCUUCUUUAAACCUGUGUGUGAAUAGUUCUGUGAAGCAUUAAGCCUUCCCUCUUGGGUUUUGAGCCGCCUGUACUUUGUUAUAAUCUUUGGGUCUAGGAUUGACUUUCUCGUAAAAUGAACAGUCUAGUGUCCUCAGUUGCAGUAUCUUCUGGUGAGUUCCUUUUAGGGAGUCUGUGGGAGAUGCCGUAUCUGUAUCUAUCAGACGUGUAUUCUGGGGACGUGUGUGUGGGUUUCUUCUGUGUGUCCAGGAAGCAUUCUGUGAAAGUAGGAUCCCUUUUGAUCACUUCUUUGAGCCCAUUAAUGCCUGUUUCUAGUUUAAACAAUUCAUAUGUUGAUGUAGAAUUUUGCAAGCACGUGGAAAAAAUAUUUGGGCAAACAUUCUUACCACUUGGAGUAAAGCUCAUACUUUUAUUUCUCUCCUCUGCUAGAGAAGUGGUGACUAAAGGCCAGGAAUUGUUGAUUCCAAAGACUCUCUCUGCUUUUGGGCAAGUUGCUUGACUUCUUUGGGCUCAGGUUUGCUCCCCUUUAAAAUAAGGUGGUCACGUUAGGUGACUUCUAAGGCCCACUGUGGCCUUAAUGGACUCCAAGCUCUCUAAGACUGAAGCAGAGAAUAUUUUUGGGGAAGUGGAUGAACUGUUGGGUUUUCGUCUUUCAUUCCUAUUCCAGGUGAAGAUGAAAGACUUAGCUCUCUAUUGAGCUGACAUGGAUUCAGAAUUCAUUAGCGUUCAGGCUUUCUUUUAAGCUUCAGACAGGAUUGUGAUGGGAAAACCCUGCCCUCAAUUCCUUUGCCUUGUUAGUUCUCAUAUUAUGUGCUGCAGAAACUGCUAAUUGUCACUGGAGGUGAUGGGUGUGGGUCUGGUCUCUUGAAGGAAAAGUCAAAAUUUUCAGUUCCUGUCCCCCUCUCGUUUAGGUAGAGGUGUAUUCAAGUCUAAUGAAAAAGGAAUCUAAAUUAAAUCUAAUUUGAAGUUAAUUAAAUUUGCCCCUUCCCCAAAGCAGUGGGGAGUGAGAGAGAAUUGCAGAGUAACAAUGUGAAUUUCCAGUUGAAUACAAGAUACUGUAAUAAUGAAAAUAUAAUUUUUUGAGCAUUCUUUGGAGAGUGCCUGUGGGUUACCCUUGCCUGUGCUAUGUAACAUACACAUGUAUGCAUGUUUUGCUAAAGAGUCAUCUAGACAUAACUUUAUCACAAACUCUUAUAUUGCUAAUCUUUUCAAGAGGCUUUUCUUUAGCUUUAGUUUAUAACUCAAAGUAUGAUCUUAUACUUGUGUGUGAAAAUGCAGUCCUUGAAGCUUAAGCCCAAUUACCUGUGUUUGUACAUCAGUUUCAUAGAACAUUGUUUUCGAAAAAAUGUCAUCAGCAUUCCUUUCUGAAUGUUUGAUUCCUGCUGGGUAUACGCUUUUUCCACAUCUCUCUGACUCAGCCUUCUCUACCUCUGCUAAGAAGUUUGUAGUUGUCCAGCAUUCGCUUGGCAAAGUCCCUGGGAUGGCCUUUGUAGGGACAGUUCCUCCCCUAAUGCAGGAAGUCACACUGGCAGUCAGCGAACUGCCCCUCGUGAUCAGGCACUGCCCUAAUGUGUUGUCUUUCUUUGGUAGAGAGAUGGGCUAAUGUGAAGCUGGAAAGCAAAUCUUUGGUUGAAAGAUUUUUCCUUUGGCUAUAUAGUAAUUUUAAUUUGGAUUUCGCUCAUUUCAGCAAGAGGUGGCUGAAACAUCCCAUUCUUGGCUCUGUCACUUACUGGCUUUAUGUCUGUGGGCAGGUGUCUUAUUGUCUCUGAGCCUUACUUGUACAUUGGAGAUACUACAUCUUUGCAAGGUUGUCCUAGAGGGUGACUGAGAUAAUGCUCAUCAACCUGCUCAUUCACAGAAGUUGAAUGGGAACCACCAAUAGUUCUCACGCAGGAGUACAUUAAAUUUACUAGUUGAAUUUUCCUAAUGGAGCUUCAAGACAAAUGAGAAGAUGGAGGCCACCCAAUUUAGUUUUCAACUCUGUAAUUGGGAAGUUCUGAAUCAUUUCCAUUUUCCUUAAUAUCUGGAGUGUUUCAUUGUUUGGCUUUUGUCCUCUCCCCUCUCCUUCUCUUUAUUCUUUAAAGAUUUCCUGGCAUGAAGAUUUGCCAGUUCAUUUGUCUUGGGGUAGGUUUAGCACAAGAAGUAAAACCAAACCAUAGUCAUAAACAAAUGUGACCACCAGCAUCACCCCACAGUAAUGCAACUUAAAAGAAAGCUUGACAGAAUUAGAAAUCUGACAAUGUCUUUGUAGGAGCUUUCAGAGAAAAUAGUGGGAGUUUCAUAUAUUUGAAGCAAUGAAAGCAGGAAUGAGAAAAGCGUGUCUUUGAGAAGACAGAGAAGACAAUGAAAAGAAAUCCUUACAGCUCAAGGAUUUGAAAUCACCAUCAUGUGACAUUUUUGGAAGCUAAACAGAAAAAUUAACUUUGCUCUAGUUUUUAUGGACUUCUUUUGACUUAUUGCAUAAAAAUAACAGAAAUUUCUGGCAAGUGGACUGGAUUUCCAAUACCCUUCCCCAUGGAGGCAGUGAGGAGAACUGUCUGAAAAGUUAUAUGUAUUUGUUAUUAUGAAAACAUGAACAAUAUUAGAAUUUGGCUAUAAUCCAUUUUUACUUUGAGAACCUCGGCAUUUUAACGGGUACAUGUAACUGAUAAAUCCUUUUUGUGGUUGUCAAAACCAGCAAGGCUAACUUUAUACAUUUCCUAUUAUAACUAAAAGCACUGUGACAGUCUGAAAUUGGGUGUAUCAGUAUGGAGAGCAAACAGCCUAUUCAUUUUAUCACCAUACUUUUCUAAGGAUUUUGACAUUUCUGAAAUACAUACCACUUCUAAACAGUGAAGCACAAAGUUGGUAAAGGUUGUGAUGGCUGCAGUUCAUGGAAGUUGACCAUCCUGUUGGGAUUGCCAUUUCCCUUGGCAGGUACCUUGCUAGGCCAGCCUGCCACGUAGCUGGUCAAGUGACCAUCAGAGACCAUCAUGUGAUCUCUCCACAUCCUUGAGGCCCAACUGACCAUUUUUGGUGUCCUGAGAGCUAAAGUCUGGGAGAGUCAGUUUUCGGGUGGGUUCAGGCAUGGAGCAUCUGAUAAUGUUGGAGUCAGUCACAAUGAACCAGACCCUGGCUCCAGGCAGGACCAGGCUCUGUGGAGAGAGGCAGUAUACUAGAGUGACUGAGGUCUGUUCAGAGGAGGAAAAACAUCUCUAGGCAGAGAGAAGGCCACGGUUGGGUCCCCUGGCCUGAAAGGUUUGGGCCUUGCAGUGUCUCUGCAGGUGGGAUGUUUCGUGUACUGGUCAGUGACAUUAUUUUAGGGCAGGUUUGGAUAAGGGUGUUUGGUCCAAAUGUGUGCACAUUUGGACCAAUCACCUGCACAUCUCUCAUCCCACUGUCUCUCUCCAGUCUGUCCCCUCCAUGACCUGGUCAUCCACUUCUCUCCCUGGAGAUCCCCUCAUUUGAACCAUCUGUUGGCACUAGAGUGACCUUCUGCUGAUCCCAUCUUGGUUACCUCAUUUCUUCCAUUAGCUGUGAACUUUUUGAGGACAGUGCAUAUUUUAUAUUUUUAGUUUGUGCUUUAAUUGUUCACCAUAGCUCACAUUCUAUCUCAUCCCCAUAGUAUUUUUUGAACAAUUAUUUUAUCUGAAAAUACUUGUAGUGGUCUUUCAGUCUUUAGCCUGGAAAUUAGCCUGAUGACUAAUGUUUUGUGUUGGGGGGUUAGCAGAGUAGGUAGUGGCUAAGAGCCCAGAUUCUGGAGCCAGACUGCUUGGCUCAGCAAUGCUGCUUUCUGGCUGUGUGAACUUGAAUGAGUUAAACUACCCCUCUGUGCCUUAGUUUCUUUAUCUGUGCAAACUGUGCAAUAGUAGAAGUACCCACUUCAUAUGAUUGCACUCUAUGAAUUCGCUGCUGUUGGUUGCUGUUGUUACUGUUCUCAUUAUUGUUCUCUUACCUGAGGACUUCAGAGACAAAGUGGUAGCAGUCACGGUGCUUUGUGAGGCUGAUUGAGUGGGGGAGUCUUUGUUUGGAGGUAGGAAGAUGACUCCCUGGUUUGUCCUCGUUUGUCCCUCGUUUUUUCCUGUCCUCUACAACUAGCAUGCCCUGCAGUUCAUUUCCCUGUUGAAAGGGACAAUGAUGAUACCUUUCAUAUGCAGGGACUCUUCUCAGCUGUUUGCUUUUGUGAGCAGGUAUCCCCUCUGUUAAGAGAUUAGAAUCUUAAUCCUAAAUGAUAUUUCAUGGCCUGAGACUUAAAUUUAUAUAUCACCAUCAGGAAUAAUGUAUUGGAUUGCAUUAAACAGAUUGUAGAUUAACACGCAACUAUAAAACAAAUCAUCAAUGUGUUGUUGACAAGUCUAAGUGCAAGUUCAUAUAUUUAACUACAUUUGGGGAACAUUGAAGUGUUUAAAGCAGCUUAACGGGUUGAUGUAAAAUUAAGCAUCAUAUUCUAUUUCAAUUUGUGAGCCAGCCUGAGAGAUAAUAAAAUAGAGGCGAGGCUUGAGAGAAAGGAGUGUGGAAGAAAAUUUGGAAUCAGACUUGGCACCAGGGAAAUCCUGGCAUAGUCAAAACCUGUUGGGUAGCAGUAGAAGAGUGUCCCCUUACUUAUUCAGUCUACUAGCAGGUAUUUGAAGCCUCAAGGAGUUUAUAGUCUAGUUGAGAAGAUAAACCACCCACACACUGAAAACAAUGGUGAAAAAUAAGAGACCUAGUGUCCUUUAUUACUGAGCUGGGUGGGAUGGGCCACCUGCUAUGUGAGUUCACAGGAAAGGACGGUGGCAUUUGGAAUGGUCAGAAAGAUCUUAGAGAUGGUGUCACUUGAGCUGAUCUUGAUAAGGCAAUCAGGAGGAGAAUGGAAGGCAAGGAUGGAAGUGUGAUAGGCACUUGGGUCAUGGUGCUCUGGGACCCCGGGAAACUCAUGAACGGACACUUGAGUAGGGCCAGGUACUGGAGAACCAUGGUAGCCAGGUAAGCACUGAUCCUGGAAUCAGGAACCAGACCGCCUGGGGUUCAAACCCCUGAUCCCUCACUUUCUAGCUGAGUGGCUCUAGGUGGGUUACAUAACUGCUUUCUCAGAUUUCUCAUCUGUAAACUGGGGAUAACACCAGUAUGUACCUUUGAGGACUGUUGUGAAGAGUCAAUAUGUUGUUGAAUAGAGGAGGGGUAUAGCAGUGGAGGUGGCAUUUGACUUUUAAUGGUAUUUAGGUUUGCUUCCAGGAUGAGAGAGUAGAGUUGGGGAGCAGACUAGGGAGGCUUUUUUUUUUUUUUUUUUGAGACGAAGUUUCACGCUUGCUACCCAGGCUGGAGUGCAAUGGCGCAAUCUCGGCUCACUGCAACCUCCGUGGGGAGGCUGUUUAAACAAUUUCGGUGCAGGGUAAUGGCUCCUAGGCUAAGACCCCAAUAAGAAAGAGAGUAUGUGUGUGGAUUUCUUUUUCUUGACUUUUAUUCUUUUACUGUCCUUUGGGCUGUGGAGGCUGUGUCUACUCUCCCAUGGUUUUGUAAGCCUUCCUCUCAGCAGUGCAUCCGGCGCAAGAGAGGUGAGCUGGGAACGUGGACCCCGCUGGAUGUGGGCAUGUCCUUUCUUACUCUUCUCUCUGGCUCCAUAGUAUUGAGACUUUUUUGUACCUAUCCCCAAAAUGGCUGCUAAUUGACUUGGAGCACAUAAAAAUAAUGGAUAUGAAUGCUCUGGAGAGACACCUCAGGUUCUACUUGAAGAUAAUAUGGGGUCACUGGAAGGACUGAGCGCAUUCAGGAGCCUGGAGGAACUCAUCCUGGACAACAAUCAGCUGGGGGACGACCUCGUGUUGCCAGGGUUACCCAGCCUGCAUACCUUAACCCUCAACAAGAACCGAAUCACCAAUUUGGAAUAUCUCCUGGAUCACUUGGCAGAAGUGACACCGGCUCUGGAGUACCUCAGCCUGCUGGGCAAUGUGGCCUGUCCCAACGAGCUGGUCAGCUUGGAAAAGGAUGAGGAGGACUACAAGAGAUACAGAUGCUUUGUUCUGUACAAGCUGCCCAACUUGAAAUUUCUGGAUGCCCGGAAAGUAACCAGACAAGAACGAGAGGAGGCAUUGGUCAGAGGAGCCUUCAUGAAGGUGGUGAAGCCCAAGGUUUCCAGUGAGGACUUUGCCAGCUCCCCUGAGCGCCACUACACGCCCUUGCCUUCUGCUUCCAGGGAACUCACCAGUCACCGAGGCUUACCUGCUUUGUUACUUCUGAAUCUAUAUUCUGAGUCCUGGGGAAGUGUCGCUACAUUUACUAUGGGAAAAACUCAGAAGGCAACAGGUUUAUCCGAGAUGACCAGCUCUGAAGCCAAGUUCUGUGUACCUUCACCCAUUUCAUGAAAAUAAAAUCAAAGGGGAAUCAAAAAUAAAGAAAAUGCUAAAGAAAA